AUGAUUAUGGAUUUUCUGAGCGAGAAGUUUGCCCUGAAGAGCCAGCCGAGCAAGAACAGUGACUUUUACAUGGGAGCAGGAGGCACUUUGGAGCACGUUAUGGAAACUUUGGACAAUGAGUCCUUUUACAGCAAAACGUCAGGCAGCAAAUGCGUGCAGGCCUUCAACCCACUGCAAAGGGCUGAGCAUCAUGUGAGGCUGGAGAGGACCUCACCCUGCCAGGACAGUAACGUGAACUAUGGAAUUACUAAAGUGGAAGGACAGCCUCUUCAUACAGAGCUGAACAGGCCCAUGGACAAUUGCAGCAAUCUCAGGAUGUCUCCUGUGAAAGGGAUGCAGGAGAAGGGUGACCUGGAUGAACUCAGUGAUAAGUGUGACAGCAACGUCUCCAGCAGUAAGAAGAGGAGGCACAGAACGACUUUCACCAGUUUGCAGCUGGAGGAACUGGAGAAAGUUUUCCAGAAAACUCAUUACCCCGAUGUCUAUGUAAGAGAACAGCUAGCUCUGAGAACAGAGCUCACUGAGGCCAGAGUCCAGGUUUGGUUCCAGAACAGAAGAGCAAAAUGGAGGAAAAGAGAACGUUAUGGUCAGAUCCAGCAAGCUAAGAGCCAUUUCGCUGCUACCUAUGAUAUAUCUGUUCUUCCAAGGACUGACAGCUACCCUCAGAUUCAGAACAAUCUGUGGGCAGGGAAUGCGGCUAGCGGCUCUGUGGUUACUUCCUGCAUGCUACCCCGAGAUACGUCCUCCUGUAUGACACCUUAUUCCCACUCACCGCGGACAGAUUCCGGCUACACAGGCUUUUCAAACCACCAGAAUCAGUUCAGCCAUGUGCCCCUCAACAAUUUUUUCACUGACUCUUUACUUUCCGGGGCAACCAAUGGACACGCUUUUGAAACCAAGCCGGAAUUUGAAAGAAGGUCCUCCAGCAUUGCGGUUCUACGGAUGAAGGCCAAAGAGCAUGCUGCCAAUAUUUCCUGGGCCAUGUAA